AUGUUGGAGGCCGGCUCCAAGGUCGACGAUGGCGAUCUCGUGGACCCUUGGACGCCUCCGUCCACGCAGAUGCAGCUAGCCGUACACCACGACCGAUACACCCAGCUCUUGCGUACAUUCCUAUCGUGGAAACAGCGCGCUCAAGCGCAGUGUGUGCGGAGAAAAAGGUGGGAACUUGGGGUUGAGCAGGAGAAGAAGGACACUGCAACCAGCGCUAACUUCAUUGUACGCAUCCGUUCGUUACACGCUAUUCGGCGUUGGCGAGGGUUUGUCCGGAAGAAGAAGGAUACUGAUGUUCUCCAGCAGCGUGCCUACUUCUUCUUGUACUAUUGGCUACUCAAGCGCUCAUUGGGUCAGCUCGGUCGGCACACGCUGGUCAAAAGGCGAGAGCGGCAACUGACUUUGAAGAUUGCGAAGGCGAAUAGAAAUCGCUUGCUGGUCAAGAGCAUGCAGCGCUGGAGAUUGCGUCUACGAUUGCAUGAAACUCUAACUCUGUGGAGGGACUAUGUGCAGCGGCGGCGGCAUCAGAAAUCUCUGUACCAACCCAUUACCGAUGCUCUGACGCGCAAAAGUCACCAGCGCUUGCUCCAACUUGCAUUCGAUGUCUGGGCAAAGCAGUGUGCAAGAGCUCAGGGGCAGCGGAUGCUAGUUCGUGUUGUUGAGCGCCACAUGUACCAAAAAGUGUGCAAAAGAGCGUGGAGGGCAUGGAAAGUGAGAGUCCACCAGCUAGCUCAGCUUGACAUUUUCCACCGACGACGCCAGGAGCUUCGGUUGCGACGCGUUUGGGAUGCCUGGAGUGCUCGGACGCGAGAAAAAGAACACCGGGAGCAGCAAAGACGUCGCGCAGUGCGCCACAACUACCUGACGCUGUUACGUAUGGGAUUUAAGGGUUUUCGGGCUUGGCGUAUUCAAGGAAAACUCAGAUUAAGUCGAGUGGAGACUAUGCUAGACGCUGCAGACGCUAGCACCAUAGCGUCCGCGUUCUCACGUUGGGACCAUUUCACGAGCAGCAGGAAACUUCAAGCGUUAAAGCGCGACCGUGCUUUACUUCACUCGCAAUCACAACUGUUGAAGCGGGUUUGGACGAAGGGGUUUCUGUGCUUCUUCGCCAGAGCUCAGACAAAGAAGGUGAUGGUACUUGCUGCAAGUGAGCAGUACUAUAAAUGCACAGUGAGACGCUGUUUUCGUAUGUGGAAGGAGAUGUGGCAAGCAGAACGAGAUCACGAGGUGGCUCUGAGCAAUGUGUUACAAGGCUGCAUGGCCAAGAAAGCAAAAGCUACCAAAGCUGCAGUGUUCGAAAACUGGUCGGAGUUCGCUCGCGCGAAAGCUGCUGCACGAGUUGUAAACGCCCAGGUCCGUGGAUAUGCACAGCGACGCGUGCUUCAAAAAUAUUUUUCGCAAUGGAUCUCGUCUGUUUCCGUACUGCGCUGGCAGCAAAUUACGCGUGCACGCGCCGAGCAGCACCACAAAGCCGUAAUGCUUAGGAAAUGCUUCGCCCGGUGGCGACACAAUGUUUCGGCGCGCCAACGUUACCGCAAAAAGACACGGCAUGCGCUUGUCCACUGGAAAUUGACGUUGGAACGCAAAGCGUUCGAUGGCUGGAAGCAGUACCUGGAGAUGAAGAGAAGUAAGCAACAGCGCAUCCACGAAGCUCUCGAGUUUCGACACACACAAUUUGUUCGCGACGGUCUGCGCCAUUGGAUGACGACCGCAAUGCACUUGCAGGAGCAGCGUGAGCAACGAAUGACUGUAGCUCAAGCAAGUAACACGACGGCCGUGUGGCGACGAGUUGCAGCAAUAGCUCGUCACUGGCGUUACCUUGCGAUCCGGCGCAGAGCUCUCAGAUGUAAAGGAGAAGUCUCAGUAAACCCGAGGGAUGCACCCCGACGAAUUCCAGACGCACACUCGGCAUUCGAACGCGCAUCAGCACCACAAGCACACUCCACGCCGACUGUGAAGCUACCGCGAGGAGAUGCGGGCGACCGCGGACAUGCAAAUGCUGCACACUCAGAAAAUUCCAACUGGACAAAUGAGCGAUCUCCACUUUCCGAGUUCGUCUUGCUUCCAAGAAACCGGCCCCAACCUCGAAGACCUGUUGAGGUUACGCUCUUUGCCGACGCAAAAGCGGAGAGCUGGCUAGGAGGCAAAGAGAACAGGAAGACGCGCGAAGUCUUACGCUGUGGCUUUGAUUUUCCUGCCGAGAAUUUUGUUCCUCUCAGCUUACCACCGGACAAUCGAGUUGAUCCGCCCAGAUCACAUAGAAAGCUGCCGGCUACAGCAGCGGCCAUCGGAGGACAGUGUAAAUGCUGCGGAGUGCCGCCUACCUCAGUGGCUCCAGCUAUGGAAGGUGAUCUGCUCCUACCUAGUACUACACUGGGGCAAUUGGAGACGUUGGAGCAGCAACUACUGGCACUAAGCCGGCGAAAACGAGAGUGGGUGGCGUUUCAACAACAGCUCGACACAUUACGUGGAGAAGUAAACACAAACCCACGACUUCAGUCGAAGCUUCGAUCAAUGGAGGAGCAGCACGCGACUCGAACGAAGCAAUGGCUUCGCACAAAAGAACGCAUUCGUUCACUAGCAGCGGAGAUCCAGUUUUUGAGAAGUGAUUUGCAAAGAUAA